UUGGGAAAACGAUGGGGAUAUCUGGAGCUAGGGGGUUAUGGGUUUGGUGCUACUGAGAUGGCGAUGGUUUUGGCUCAGUUGCUUCGCCGCACUUGCUGAUAGCUAGCUGCGCAUGGACAAGGUUCUAGCUAGUUGCCACACCAACUUCUUCUCCUAGCUUAGAACAAUCAAUUUUGUGUGGAUAUUUCCAGUGAGGUUUUCGCUGCUUGCUUGGCGUUCUUCCUUUCUCCAGUCUUGUUCCCCUUCCCAUCCUUGCGAGUUGAUGUAGACAAUCUGCAGAAACAAGUGUAUACAGAGAGUAUCAGUCUGGUCCUGAGUCCCAAUUAGCGUAGCAGAUUCAUUAAUGGGUUGUAACGUUGAAUUAUAGUUGCCUGAAAAGGGUACUUGCGUUGGGUGCCAUCCUUAUCACAUAAAUGUAUGGGCAGUUCUAGUAAUGUUGUUGACACAAAGCAGAAGCACUCAGCUAGUACUAGUAGUAAUAUUGUGGAGACAGAGGAGAAGCACUUGUUUGUAUGCUAUUUUUUACCACACGUUUACCAAUUUUGUCUUGUGGGACAAUGCAUUUGGCUCACAUUAUUAGAUGUUCUAUGUACCUACCUGUUUUAAAAAGGCUUCACUGGUAGGUUGCUCACGGUUCGGGAUCAAUGCUAGUGGGUGGCCACUACUUGAGUUCUGAAGAAGCUACAAUCUGAUGGCUAAUUUUGUGCUAACUCUUUGGGAGGAAACGUAGUACAUUUGGUUAAGAAUCUAACCUUUUGGAGCAAGUGAAGAAGAAAGAGUUGUUAAUCUUGCUCGGUGGAUUAGGUGCCCACAGUUGCAAAUUUGUAGUAGCAAACAACUCAUUUUUAACAAAGUAACGAAGAGCAGAAAUCGUGGAAUCGAAACAUUUGUUCAUAAAGUUUACUGGGGAAAGAUGAACCUUGGUAUAUCAUAUUGUAUACUUUGUUGGAACAACUUUGCAAAUUCGACGUGAUGCGAUUUUGUGAUUCUUUUCCUGAAGUAGCACCAUUUAUGUGAUCUGAUGUAAAUAUGUGACACUAAUAUUGCAUCUACUUCUGGUUUCUAGAGAAUAUUUGCAUAUUACUGAUUAUUGGUGAAAAUUGAGCAUCCAUUGAUGGACCAUAAAACAUGGCUUUGGAGAAAGAAAGCAUCAGAAAGGACAGUUUUAGCAAAGAACAAAUCCAAUAUACUAGAGAGGGAACAGGAGGAGAAGAUUGCACGAUUGGAGAGAUCCUUGCAAGGUUUACAAGAACAACUUUCAUUUGCUCAGGCUGAAUGCUUCGACAAAGAUGUUAUUUUAGCCAAGCAAGCAAAAGUAGCUGAAGAAGCCAUACUAGGCUGGGAGAAAGCAGAAGCAGAAGCUAUAGCUAUCAAAACAGAACUUGAUGACACUCUACACCAGAAAUCCGCAGUUGAGCAAAGGAUUUGUCAGCUCGAUGAGGCUCUAAAUGUUACAAUGGUAGAGAGAGAGUUAUUGAUAAAGGAUACUGCUAAAAUAAUUUCUUGUGAGAAGGAUAAAGUUCGUAAGCUGGAAGAAAAUCUAGAAGAGAAACAAAACAUAAUUGCUAGUUUGGACGAUGAGUAUAGCAGACUAUCUGAAAUCCUCUUAGCAAAAGAGAAAAUCAUCUUAGAUCUAACUGAAUCAAAUGCAGUGAAAGAGUCAGACUUAAAGGACCUUGUGGUAAAGCUACAGUCAACAGAGAGAUCAAAUUCUUCUCUUAGAUAUGAGGUUUGUAUGCUGCAGAAGCAACUUGAUAUUCGAAGUGAGGAGAGGAACUGUAAUCUCAAAUCAGCUGAUGCUUCACACAAGCAACAUCUCGAAAAUGUAAGGAAGAUUACGAAGCUAGAAGAAGAAUGCAAGAGAUUGCGUUCAAUGGUACGUAAAAGGCUACCAGGACCAGCUGCCAUUGCAAAAAUGAGAAGUGAAGUUGAAACACUGGCCAACAAUACAGCUCAGACAAGGAUGGGGAAGUUAAAUUCUCCGGCAUCAUCCAAUUCAUAUGAUCCGGUACAGAAUUUUUCUGACGCAUCACAUUCAAGUUCUUCUUUGCUUGCAAGGCUACAUGUGAUGGAAGAUCAAAAUAAAUCCAUGCAGGAAUCACUUUCUAGAAAGGAUGGUGAACUUCAAUUUUCUCGUACUAUGCUUGCUCGUGCAACCUCUAAACUUUCCCAAGUUGAAGCUCAACUUGAAGACUUAUCAGGCGAUCAGGCUGCAACAGAACUUGUAAAAAGAAGUCCUACACUGGCUGAGAACCCUCUUUCAUCUAUCUCUGAAAAUGGUUGCAAUGAAGAUAACGUCAGCUGUUCAGGUUCAUGGGCGUCAGCCUUAAUUUCUGAACUUGAACAUUUCAAGAAGGGGAAGCUGACCACACCUUCUUGUCAGAGCACAGGAGUAUCAGACAUGAGUUUCAUGGAUGACUUUGAAGAAAUAGAAAGGCUAGCGAUGGUAUGUGACAAUAAACCUUCAAAAUUGUAUGAUGCAAAGAGAGAGGCAAUAGAAUCAGCAGGCAAAGAGCUGGUUCCAGUUGAUGGUCCAAAUGAAACAAACGAUCAAGUUCAUCAAUACAAGAUUCAGAAGGGACUCGUUAAGUUAAUUGAACUUGUCGAGGGAGUUAUUCAGAGAUCGUCAAAGGAUCACAAUAGCAAAUUCGUGCAAUCUGAUGACAACAUGGGUGAUCAGUCUACAGCUAUAGAUGGAUAUUUUGCUCAUGCAUUCUUGUGGAAAACAUCAGAACUUACUUGUGUACUGCGACACUUCAUUGUUGUAUGCAAUGAGCUCAUGUAUGGGAAUACCGAUGCCGAAAGAUUUGUUCUUGAAGUGAACCUCACACUGGAUUGGAUAAUCAACCACUGUUUUUCACUCCAAGAUGUACCAGACAUGAGGGAAACCAUCAUAAAUCAUUUGGAGUUAGAUAGCAGCGAUGGGCUUGACACCGUUGCAGCCAAGCAAAUAGCAAUCCAAACCACAAAUGGCGUACAUGAAUCCAGCACCCCAAAUAGCGUGCAGAUGUCACUAAUUUCUGUUUCAAGCCACGUGGAUAUUGGACUUAAAGCCGAUAAUGACACGUGCAGUAUAACGAGUGAAGUGCCAGUCUCUAAUCCCCACGAAUUGGAAGGAAAAUCUUCAAGUUUGCGAGCAGAACUUAAUGCAUUGAAGGAAACAGGAAAAAUAAAUGCACAAAGUGUUAACUGUGAAUCAACAGUGAGUAACCUUGACAAACACAAACCCACCUGUAACUCUGAGGUAAACAAGGGCAAUCUACAGGGAAGCAGUUACUCCACUAAAGAGGGCCCAAAAUGUGUUCCUGGAAAUGAAGAAAAAAAUCUACACAUGCAGCUGGAGAUCUCGACGGCAUCAGAGAAGCUCAUCGAGUGUCAGGAGACUAUCCUAAGCCUGGGAAAGCAACUAAAAGCACUUGCAUCACCAAAGGAUGCAACCACAGUUCAUCGUGAGCGAAAACCUCGGUCUCAGUCACUAAAUGAGAUGCUAGCUGUGGAUGACGGUGGAUUUGACUACCUCAGCUCCCCGAAGACCAAGGAGAUCAUAUGCUCAGAACUAAGGUCAACGCAUGAAAGAAAAUUUUCUGCUGACGAGGGAUGUGACAAUUCGGAAUCAUCAUCUGGUUCUCACCCAACACCAGCGAUUCAACCCGCGAAACCGUACAGAGUGAGUGGAACUCGCAAGAACGAAGCUGCUCCCAAGGUAGCAGCCCUUGCCAUUGUUCCAAGCAAGCAGAAGGGGAACACUAACUUGCUCAAGAGGAUUCUGACAGGAAGGAGAAGAGACGCCAUAAUGAAUCCGAAGGUGGUCCGAAGUGCUUAGCUGACAGAGAAAAUGGCAAAUCAAUUCAUGGUAAUAUUUUGUGUCUGUAAACUAAGUGUGUAUCGUUGCUUGUUUAGCUGUGUUCUUGUCAGGUUUAGGAAGAACCAUGAGAUGUAGAUAUGUUGUAUAUGUAUUACAGUUCUUAGUGUGCAUUGUAACGUUGUUACCCCUGUUGCUUAGUUUGAUGAACUUGAGUUUGCUCUCUGAUGGAACGUGGCUAAUUUAUUAUCAUGGUUUUAUGUGUAUCUUCUCUGAAAA